AUGGCCAGCACGGCAGAUGCUUCUGUCCGUGCAGCAGAAAAUGAUGCAAACUGUGCUGCAGCCGUUGAUAAUUCGACCAAACGUGGAAGUCAUCUGUUGGUCGCUGGUUGCAAUGCGCACCACCAGCUAUUCGGCCGAGAUGGCGAUGUCAGAAUCUUUACCAACAAAAUAGACAGUCCUGCCGGCAGCAGUACAACGGUCCUUUUCAGCGGCUGGAGUACGACAGUUCUGGCAACAGGGCAAGUCUUCAGCAUGGGCAACCAGGAUUAUCCACCCAGCUGUUCUGCUCCAUUGACGUUCCCUGGUGUACAGUUGAGAAGUUCGUUUGGGGACCACAAUGGCAUUGUGGGCUGUCUGGACGAUCAAGGAAGGCUUUACCUAGUCAAUGAGCCACAAGCAUCUGAUACCCAUAUGCCACUUGUUCUCAAAAGCGAAGAGAGCUCUCCAUUGAUCGGCGCAAUCGCGUUAGCUCAAAAUGAUCGGAUUGCGCUUUCAUUCAAGCAGGCUCCGAAUGGCCGGCUCUGCCAUGUAGUGGAGUUUGAGAACGUGCAAUCUUUCAAACAAUGGUUCGAAGAUCCUAGCGCGGAGCAAAACUAUCCGCCCAGUCACCACAUGCUCCCUGGCCGGCCAAAGCAGUUGGUGGCGAAUCAUGGCACCUUUGUCCUGCUUAUGGACGGCGGAGAGGUCUAUAGCUGGGGAGAUGCCAGAUACCAGACACUUGCAAGACCAGUGACAGGCGAAGGCUCUACUCCGGCCGAUAAGCCUGGAGCAGUGGAAGCUCUGGGAGGUCUGCAUAUCGACAAGAUUGCCAGCGGAGGAUGGCUCGGUGCUGCUUUGUCUCGAGACGGCGCUCUAUACAUAUGGGGUAAUACGACGCCAGGCAGCACGGAGCCCCUGCACGCUCUCGAGUCGGCCAGUGAGAGUGGAGUCGCGCUCGUGGAGUUGCCCAGUGGAGAUGGCGAGGCGCCUGAUGUUCUGGACAUGGCGGUUGGGGAUAACCACAUAGCUGUGAUAGCUGAAGACCACCAGGUCUACGUCACUGGCGAUAAUCGCCACGGGCAGCUGGGGUUGGCGAGUGCCCAGUCAUGGCUGCCAAGCUGGGAGGCCCGCAAACCACGUUCAUAA